AUGGAGGUGGCGAGUCUUCAACAACCCUCUCUACAGCCUCAACCAUCCAACGAUGCAAAUCCUCCUCCUAGUGCCGUAGAUGGCUCGAUGGACAUUGAUAUGGACAUCGACCUGGGUCCCAUCCCGGAACCAGAAACCGUCGAAACCGAAACCCUCGAACCAACCGCCGCUCCUCAGGACGGCACCGUCGAUCCUCUCACUGCAGAGGCGCAAUAUGAAAAGGUUCAUAUCCGAGGCGUGGACGAGUUGACGACGGAUGACCUCAAACGAUUCGCUGCGGAGCAUUUCCCCGUCGAGGAGCCGACUCGCAUCGAGUGGAUCGACGACACGUCCGCAAACUUUGUCUAUUCCUCGGAAGAAGUGGGAUUACAAGCUCUGAAGGCGUUCUCCCAGCUGGGUGAAGAAGAUGUCUCGUCCUUUCCGUCGUUGCGGCUGCGCACAGCCAAGUCCUUAUCCACCCAUCCGGAAUCUGUUCUCCAAGUGCGAUCUGCCGUGAAAACAGAUCGCAAGAAGCCCCGCGCACACGAAGCCAGUCGAUUUUAUCUGUUGCACCCAGAGCAUGAUCCCCGAGAGAAACUGCGACGCCAGCUGGCGGAGAGGAGGCGACAAGCCCGACGCGACGACAGCAAUGGGGAUUACAGACGUCGCCGGUUUGACGAACGCGAACACCGUCGCCGACGGCGAGAUGAAUCGUUUGCUGCGAACAUGUAUGAUGACAUGGAUGGUAGUGAUCGCCGUCGUGGUGGUUCGAGCGAGGACUUCUCCGAUGCAGAAGGUCGUCAUCGGCCCAGGCGAGGUAGGCAGAAGGAAUUGUUUCCUGACCAUGGGCCCGAGCCGGGGCGGCUGCGCGAUCGCAGUGCUUCUCCAGGCCGGAAUGAUCUGAAUGGCAUGCGGAGGAGCGACGACGAGCGGCAGGACUCUCGCCGACGAUUCCGGGAGCGAUCCCCUCAGCUAGGCAGCAGCCGCGCGAAUGAAGGAAAAGAACUUUUCCCGUCGAAAUUGUCGGGAGACGGAGAUUCUCAGAAACGGGAGCUCUUCCCGAACAAAACCGUCGACAGCUAUCUGAAGAAAGAGCUGUUCCCCAACAAGACCUCUAGUAACCAUCGGCGAUCGGAUGCAUUUGAUGCGGCUGAUGAGACGGCGGAUCUCUUCUCCAAGCGGAUUCAUGUGUCGCUAAUGGAUGGAGCUCGAGAUCGGGCUGACGUCGGAGAGUCUGGGGAGGCUUCGGGGAUCAGUAUUCGAGGCGCGGCGUCGAAUGGUCAAGGAAUAUCGAUUCGCGGAUCCGCGAACGGGAUCUCCAUCAAGGGGAGCGCGAGUGCUUCAGUGAGGGAGCUUUUCCCGUCAAAGUAUAAUCCAAAUGCAGGCAAGGAGCUGUUCUCGGACAAAUUAGAAGUCAUCAUAAUAACCACCUCCUUAAUAAUAAUGACAAUGCCUCAAUCUACAAAUGGCGGCUCGUCAUCAUCAUCUUCUUCUUCCAUCCCCCUAGCCAGCCUCCUCGUUGCCCGCUUCCUCCGCUACAACAACUAUGCCGCCACUCUAGAAACCUUCAUUCGAGAAGCGGGUCUUCCGCCUGAUGCGGGGAGCGCGAGCACAGAGCAGAACGGACGAGGAGGCAGAUAUGAGUACGACGACUGGACGCUCGAGGGCGUAAUCCAGGAGAAGAAGACGUUUGAUCAGAGUUUGAGGUUUGAGCGGUAUGGUGAUGAUGAUGACGAUGAUGGAAGGAAGAGGGACAGGUGGAGCGUUCCUGCGCCAUCGAAACCGACCCUCGUCGAUACCCCCGGCUCAUCGAAUCUGCUCUCCGUGUCCGUUGAGCCAUGGCAGCAGCAGGAAGAGCAGGAUGAUGUUGGAUCGUAUCUCGUCGCCACCGCAGCAGACAAGAGCUUGAAUCUCUUCGACGUCGGCCGGAGCAAUCAAGUUGUUGCAUCGCUGUCGGGACUUUCCGACUCUCCCAUCUUGUCCUAUGUCUCCAUCCGAGGAGGAAGAUACCAGCUCGCGACGAGCAUGUCUGGACAGCUCCUGCUGAUCAAGAAUGCCGAAGUGCUGGAUCGGAGAAAAGACCACAGCAAGUACGCCGUCAAGGUGGUGGCCUAUGAAGACGAAGACGAAGACGAUCGAGUUUGGAUCGUCACUGCGGGCUGGGACGCCAAAGUUCUGAUCUACCGUAUGACUUUAUCGUCAUCGUCUCCAACGACAAUCGGCCAACCAGUAGCAACGAUCAAGCUCCCCACAAACCCGGAAUCGAUUCUGAUCGUGCGCAACCCAGACUCAAGAGAGCUGAUGCUCCUCGUCUCACGCCACGAUUCGACAUACAUCUACUACUAUGCGCUGGAGCCAUUGCGGUCAAGCGAAGAGAAUCAGCAGCAGCAACAGCAGCAGCAGUGCGAAUGCGUGCUGAGAGGCAAACAGAACCUCGCACCGCACUCCAACGCGUGGAUCGCCUUUUCGCCUUCGUGCAUGGCCCCGAGCCCGCAUGAUCCCGGUCUCCUGGCCGUCGCGCUGUCGACUCUUCCGCACAUGAAGGUCAUGAUCGUGCGAUUGUUGUUCCCGUCGUCAGAUAGCGUCGACAACACCGCUGCUGCUACCGCUACUGCGACAGCUGAGCCCGCAGCAUCGUCAUCGUCAUCAUCGACACAAGAGACCCAUCUCUCACAGGCACUCGCGGCCCUGUCCCUUCAGAACCGCGAAGACGCAGCCAUCGUCAUCCAGGCCAACACGUUCGCGCCACAAACCGCCUACUCGACGCCACAGGUAGUCUGGCGACCAGACGGGUCCGGUCUCUGGGUCAACGGCGACGACGGCGUGAUCCGAGGCAUCGAGGCCAAGACGGGGAAGGUGGUUGCCAUGCUUAAGGACGGCCACGAGGCGGGCAGUAAAGUGCGCAGUAUCUGGGCGGGAUGGGUCAGUUGCAGUGCCGAUUCCGGUUCCAGUAGCGAGGGCAAGGAAGAUAAUAAGAAGGAAGAAUGGGUCGUCAGUGGUGGGUUUGAUAAGCGGUUGGUUGUUUGGAGGAUAUGA